UUAAAAAAAAUACCAGCGUUUAUUUUGAUUCAGACGUCGAGAAUGAAACGGGUGAAAAGCGGAACGAAGUCCGUCCGGUUUGUGGUUUGAAUGACCAGAAGAACCCGCGGUGCGAAAAGGCCGAGAUGAAGGAGAAAUCCAAAACUGCCGCAAGGACUAGACGGGAAAAGGAGAACAGCGAGUUCUAUGAACUGGCUAAAAUGUUGCCUUUACCGUCAGCCAUCACCUCCCAGCUGGACAAGGCUUCGAUCAUCAGGCUGACCACCAGCUACCUGAAGAUGAGGAUCGUGUUCCCUCAGGGUCUGGGUGAGGCUUGGGGUCAUGCAAGUCGAACGAGAUCUUUGGACAAUGUUGGACGAGAACUGGGGUCUCAUUUGUUGCAGACGUUGGACGGAUUCAUCUUUGUUGUGGCUCCAGAUGGGAAGAUAAUGUAUAUUUCAGAGACGGCAUCGGUCCAUUUAGGACUGUCUCAGGUAGAGUUGACUGGGAACAGUAUUUAUGAAUAUGUUCAUCCUGCCGACCAUGAUGAGAUGACAGCUGUCCUCACACCUCAUCAGCCCUACCACUCACAUUUUGUGCAAGAAUAUGAAAUGGAACGUUCUUUCUUCUUGAGGAUGAAAUGUGUGUUGGCAAAACGAAAUGCAGGUCUUACGAGUGGUGGAUACAAGGUGAUUCACUGCAGUGGCUACUUGAAGAUCCGUCAGUACAGUUUGGACAUGUCCCCCUUACAGAGCUGCUACCAGAACGUGGGUUUGGUGGCUGUGGGACACUCACUGCCCCCCAGUGCUGUGACCGAGAUCAAGCUGCACAGUAACAUGUUCAUGUUCAGAGCCAGUUUGGACAUGAAGCUCAUCUUCCUCGACUCCAGGGUAGCAGAGCUGACAGGUUAUGAGCCCCAGGAUUUGAUCGAGAAGACUCUGUACCAUCACGUCCACAGCUGUGACAUCUUCCACCUCCGCUGUGCGCACCACCUCUUGCUUGUGAAGGGCCAAGUCACCACAAAGUAUUAUCGGUUCCUGGCCAAGCAUGGCGGUUGGGUCUGGGUCCAGAGUUAUGCCACGAUUGUCCACAACAGCAGAUCUUCACGACCCCACUGUAUAGUUAGCGUCAACUACGUCCUGACGGACACAGAGUAUAAAGGGAUGCAGCUGUCUUUGGACCAAAUGAGCCCAAGCAAGCCAGCUUUUCCCUACGCCGACAGUCAUACUGAAGACAGAAAGAGCACCAAGUCACGCCUGACACAGGCUAAGGCCAAAGCCAGAGUGUCACCCUAUCCACAGCAGUUUGCAGCUUUCAACCCAGAACGUUCAGAGUCAGACCAGGACAGCCAGUGGGGCGGCAGCCCACUGACAGAUUCGGCCUCUCCUCAGUUGUUGGAUCCCGGUGAGGUUGCCGAAACAUCGUGCGCUUACCGCCUGUAUCCGGAAUCGGGCUCCCUGUGCUAUGGCUUGGGUCUGUCCAACGAAGAUCUCGCCCAUGCCCAAGUGCACCCUCACACCACCACCUGUGACUGUGUUCGAUGCCAGGGCGGACGCUACUUUUUGGGAACCCCACAGUCAGGACGAGAGGUGUGGUGGGACGCCACGCGGUCUGUACUCUCGCUACCAAAAUCCUCAGUAGAGAAUAGCGAGGGCUACAAAAUCACAUCCUACCACGGGGCCAUUCACGGACGGACCCACUGGGAUGAAGACAGCAUAGUGAGUUCACCUGAUGGAGGCGGGUCCACCAGCGAUUCGGGCGACCGCUACCAUGGCGAUCCCUUCUGCGCAAGCCCUCGAGAGCCGAGCAAGAUGGAGACACUAAUCCGUGCCACGCAGCAGAUGAUCAAAGAGGAAGAGAACCGCCUGCAGCAGCACAAGGGGUCGCUGGAUGUCUCAGACCUCGUGAAGGAUCACAGCCCGUGUUUCACCUCCUCCCUACUCCACCAUUCCCAGCUCACCAUGCCGAGCGUGGUGUGCCGCGGCCCGGGAGCCCCAGGCAUUGACCUCCCCUCCGAUCGUCUCCAUCACCGUGACAGCAUCAAAGCGCUCGGGCCGCACGACAACGACGAAAACACAACCAGUCCGGCCUCACUGUCUCGUCUCAGCAGCCCAAGCUCUGAUGGGAUGCCCAAGUCAGGUCUCCCUCUGGCUAAAGACUACAUUCAGACUGAUCUGUCUCCCCACCCGUCGCAAUCUCACGGUAGCCCGCUGCUGUACCCGGCACAGGAGAGGCAGCCGCUGGACAGGCAAAUGGCCUACGCGCUGGCUGGGUACUCCCUGGAGCACCUGUACGACCCGGAGAACCUGCGGAGCUACUCGGGCUUGCCCUGCGGAAGUGUCCAGUACGAUAUGGCGUCACACGUAAGGAUGCAGGCCGAGCAGAUGCAGGGACACAAAGCCACCUCAGUUAUCAUAACCAAUGGCAGCUGACGAUAUCUGAUGCAGAUUGGUCCCGGUGGUGGAAAUACAUGUCAAGACAAAAACACAGACCGAGUGUUUGAUCCUACAGGUACCUGUACACUGGGUUGGUGAUCAGUUUGUGGACCGUUCAGCACAACUGUAUUGUUUUUCUUUGGAUCACCUUUUAAAAAGACUCGGAUGAGCUACUCCUCAUGAACUCAUCACCUUUCACUGAGAUUUGUUACAUGAUGUAGGGAUGUGGCGAUAAAACGAACUCACUUCUAGGCAAAGGCGAGUUCAGUAUCUGGUUAAUCAUCAAGCUGAUGGUUCAGUCCCAAAUGCCUCACGCACCACUGACCGUCUGAAUUAAUCUGUCGUGGACAGUUUCCAAAGGCGUUGUUCCAUUCAUUUCACCUGAAAACAUCACUGCACAGAGUGCACUGUGUGACAUGCAAAGUGCAGCGUGGGAAAGGAAAGCGGUCGUCAGGCGUCACUGUUUUCUGGUAUUUGUCAGUAGUCAACUUGCGGAGUUGCUGUUUCCAGGACGUGUCAUAUGUUCUGUCCCAGUGGUGGUGUUAAAUUAGUUUUGGUGAGACUAUUUUUAGAAAGUAAUGUGGAAAGACGGGAAAAAAAAUACUGAUGACAUGUAACAAUGUAAAAUUUGCAGAUUGAGUUGAGAAUGUUUUACUUUACAGUACUGCACAAAUAAUGGCCCAUUUAAUGUGCUUAAAGGGGUCAUAAUUUGCAGAUUAUUUAUUGGGUACUUACAUAUAGUUUGAGUGUCAUAUUAAAUAUCCCAAAA